CUACCUACCAUUAUAUAAAUUAAUUAAUAACUAAGUACUCAUCAUUUUUAUAGUGAAGUGUACAAGUAUAAAACAUGAAAUUGGUGAUAUUAUCUCUAUUUAUAAUAAUUUCUAUUUGUUGGUGCAAGAAAGGAUUUGGUCCUGGAGAACAAGAUUGGGAUUAUGUAGAAGUUAGAAAAGGUGCACAUAUGUUCUGGUGGUUAUAUUACACUACAUCAAAUGCAGAAACUCCAGAAUCAAAACCGCUAAUAAUAUGGUUGCAAGGAGGUCCAGGUGCAUCUUCAACUGGAAUUGGAAAUUUUGAAGAAUUAGGUCCACUGGAUACUAAUUUAAAUCCAAGAAACCAUACUUGGGUAAAAGAUUACAAUGUUGUAUUUAUUGAUAAUCCUGUUGGAACUGGAUUCAGUUAUGUUGAGUCAGAUUCAUUGCUUACAACCAACAAUACACAAAUAGCAAAUGAUUUGAUAGAAUGUUUACGAUCAAUCUAUAAAAAAUUACCGAAAUUUGAGGGGACACCUUUGUAUAUUGCAGGUGAAUCUUACGGUGGAAAAAUGGCGAUCGAAUUUGCACAAAUUUUAGAUGAGGAAAUUAAACAAGGGAAUAUCAAAUCAAAUUUAAAAGGUGUAACGUUGAUUGAUUCUUGGAUAUCACCAAUUGAUUCGGUACUAACAUGGGCACCAUAUUUAUUACAAACUGGAAUGAUUGAUAUUGAAGGAUAUAAUAGAAUUGAGAAACAAGCUAGAAAAUGUAAAGAUCUUUUAGACGCUGGAUUAUAUUCUGAAGCAUCGAAUCAAUGGGAACUCACUGAAGACGAAAUUGACGCAGUAACCAACAGCAUAGAUUUCUAUAAUAUUCUUAUAAAAAUGGAAGUAGAAGAACAAGAACGAAAUAAAUCGAAAUUGUUAGACACUCUUGAAUCAGACAAAUUAAAUUCACUAAUGAACAACGAUGUAAAAAAAGCAUUAAACUUAACAUCCAACGUAACAUGGUCGGAAGAUUCAGACGCAGUAUUUGAUGCAUUAAACGAGGACUUUAUGAAACCAGUCGUUCAAAUUGUUGAAGAAGUACUGAAUACCACCUCAAUAAGAGUACAAGUUGUCUCUGGAGUGUUGGAUUUAAUUGUUGAUACACCAGGCACUUAUCAAUGGGUUAAGGAUAUGCAUUUUAAGGACAAGGAAAUUUUUUUUAACGCAACACGAUAUCCAGUAACUGUUAAUAACUACAUAGAAGCUUAUUAUAUGAGAUACAACACUUUUUCUCUUUAUUGGGUGUUACGGUCUGGUCAUAUGGUUCCAGCAGACAAUCCCAAUGCAAUGGCUAAAAUACUUGAAAAUUUAACAUUCUUCAUAGAUUAAAUUUGCUGUAAAGUAUUUUUAAAG